CUAAAGAAUUUUACAUAAAAAAGACGUUAAUUAAAGUACACGUUUCAUCAAAAGCUUCAAGAAAUUAGCAUAAUGUAUGACGUAAAAAAUAAAACCGUAAUGAUCACUGGAGCAGCCACAGGAUUAGGCUACAAGUAUGCCGAAAUAUUGCUUCGUAACGGUGUCAAAAGUGUUGCUGUGGUUGACUUGCCAACGUCAAAUGGUCAAAAUGCGGUAGCUACUUUGGAGAACGAAUUUGGGAAAGGAUGUGCCAUCUUUGUUGCCUGCGACGUGACGAAAGCUGAUGAUUUUGAAAAAACAUUCAAGAAAAUCGUCGACACAUUUAAAGGGCUUGAUAUCCUUAUCAACAACGCUGGUAUGCUUAACGAUAAUUAUUGGGAGAAAAUGAUCGAUCUCAAUGUCAAGGGAGUAAUUCGCGGCUCUAUGUUAGCGUUCGACUACAUGGGAAAGCAUAAAGGCGGCAAAGGUGGUUUAAUCGUGAAUAUUGCAUCCGUGGCUGCAUUGGACCCAGUUCCCGUUAUGGCAAUGUAUUGUGCUUCGAAAUACGCUGUUCUGGGAUUUAGCCAGUCUCUGGCAAAUAUGUAUAAUAAGACCGGAGUGCGAGUUGUAAUUAUAUGCCCGGGCGUUACAACAACAGCGUUGAUAGAAAACUUCCGAGAUAAAAUCUAUGAUUCCAUUCGUGUUGCGCUAGAUGGUGAUAUUCCUGAUUGGGACAAAAUUCCGAAACAAACAACUGAUCAUGUAGCACUUGCGAUGUUAGAUCUUAUUCAGAAGGGUAAAAACGGAACGACUUGGGUCAUCAAGCGUGGGCAACCACCAAACGUCGUGGACUUUCCCCCAUCAUCCGAGCGACUUCUACCGGUCUAAGUUGAUAUUUGAAAACUUUUCUUACUUUGUUUUGGUCAUUUACAUGACUACCAAAUGAAUUAUGU